CCUGUCCAGCUCAGUCCGAGCCGAGCCGGCAAAUCCCCGUGCGGCGGCUGAGGCGCCGCGGCGCUCGCUCUUGGUGCCUCCCGGGCCGUAGCGGGCUCAGGUGCGCCUUAGCUCGGCUCAGUGCCAUGAUCCGGCAGGAACUCUCCACAUCCUACCAGGAGCUGAGUGAGGAGUUGGAACAAGUGAUUGAGAACUCAGAUCAGGCAGACCAGGAGACAGACAAAGUCCAAGGUCCAAGUGCUUUACCGGGCCUGGACAGUGAGUCUGGUUCUAGCAGCAUCCGCUUCAGCAAGGCCUGCCUGAAGAACGUCUUCUCUGUCCUGCUCAUCUUCAUCUACCUGCUGCUCAUGGCUGUGGCUGUCUUCCUGGUCUACCAAACCAUCACAGACUUCCGUGAAAAGCUCAAGCACCCUGUCAUGUCCGUGUCUUACAAGGAGGUGGAUCGCUAUGAUGCUCCAGGUAUUGCCCUGUAUCCUGGUCAGGCCCAGCUGAUCAGCUGUAAGCACCAUUACGAAGUCAUUCCCCCUCUGACUAGCCCUGGCCAGCCCGGUGACAUAAACUGCACCACUCAGAGGAUCAACUACACACACCCCUUCUCCAAUCAGACCACGAAAGUUGCCCUGAUUGUCCGGGGGCCCCGGGAAGUAAAGAAGCGGGAGCUAGUCUUCCUCCAGUUCCGCCUGAACCAGAGCAAUGAGGACUUCAGCGCUAUCGAUUACCUCCUCUUCUCCUCAUUCCAGGAGUUCCUGCAGAGCCCAGACAGGGCAGGCUUCAUGCAGGCCUGUGAGAGUGCCUACUCCAGCUGGAAGUUCUCUGGGGGCUUCCGCACCUGGGUUAAGAUGUCACUGGUGGAGACCAAGGAGGAGGAUGGACGGGCGGCAGUGGAAUUCCGGCAAGAGACCAGUGUGGUUAACUACAAUGACCAGAGGCCAGCUGCUGAGAAAAGCAUUCAGUUGUUCUUUGUGGUCUUCGAGUGGAAAGAUCCUUUCAUACAGAAAGUCCAAGAUAUAAUCACAGCCAAUCCUUGGAACACAAUUGCUCUUCUCUGUGGAGCCUUCUUGGCAUUAUUUAAAGCAGCAGAGUUUGCCAAAUUGAGUGUGAAGUGGAUGAUUAAAAUUAGGAAGCGGUAUCUUAAAAGAAGAGGCCAAGCUGCAAACCACAUAAGCUGAAGUCACCUUGAUCCUUACAGAACUGCUACGUUAAUAGAAGUCCUCCUCAUGCCUGUGUUAAUCAUGGUGCCACCAGCAAUCCUGUACUCACUUGAAGAAAGGGAUCUUGCAGGGAGGAACAGCCUGUCAGAUUGGAACUUCUAGCCCAGAAAGAGGCUGUUUCAAGCUUAAUGGAAAAUAUCCAAUGGAUAACCUGAAUGCUAUUUAAAUACUUAAAUUAUUAAUGUUAUACAGAGCUGUCUGAUGUCUUGAGCAGGAGCAAGGUUUGUGGAAGAUAUGCCUUUCUUAUUUGGUUCACUGUAUAGUUAGGCUCCAAUAGGGGACAGUUAAGACUGCACUUCUACUUUAGGCUUUUCCUUAAGGUUUUUAAAGUGGGCAGAUAGGAGUGUGGUUUUUACUGAAAAUCUUGACUGUCAAAAUGUGUGGGUCACAUUUUAGAACCUCUGCACUGUAUGCAACGAAGAAAGGCAAAACUUUGGCACUAUCUCCCAGUGCUAACCAGGGUCUGACAAACUCUCUCAUUUGUUAAAUAGUAAAUGAGACAUUAACAACUAUUUAAAACUAGUGAUUACAUUUCUUAUGGCCUAACUAGCCACCUAGUUCUCUGGCUAGAAUCUCUGUUCAGGUAUAUGUGAGUUUAGUGAUUAACACCCCAAACCACUAAUACAGAUGUACAUAGUAAGUGCCUACUCGGUUUAUUUUGAUUUCAUUAACAGGUAAAUAAAAGUUGAAUUGAUAGAAAAGGAA